AUGGCAAUUUCAAAAGCCCUUCUUGCUUCUCUUCUCAUAUCUCUUCUUGUUCUCCAACUCGUCCAGGCCGAUGUGGAAAACUCAGACAAAAAGGGUGGCUACGGCAGUAGAAUUGAUUGUGGGGGUGCGUGUAAAGCACGGUGCAGGCUUUCGAGGAGGCCGAGGCUGUGUCACAGAGCGUGCGGGACUUGCUGCGCCAGGUGCAACUGUGUGCCACCUGGUACGUACGGAAACUACGACAAGUGCGAGUGUUACGCUACCCUCACCACCCACGGUGGUCGCCGCAAGUGCCCUUAA